UCACAACAGGUGGACUGGGGUUCUAGCCAUCCAAUAAUACAACCAAACUGUUUCUUAAAAAACACUCCAAAAUGUCAACAGAAAAGGCAAACGCUCCUAGUGACAUUACUAAAGAUCCUUCCGCAGUAAAGGACUUAAUAAUUCCUCUCUCAGACUCGGUAGAAGAGAAAAAAGAAAAUGACAAAACUCCCAAGCUUCGUAUUUACCGUACGAGUGAAGUCAUUGAACAAGAUGGAAUCUUAGAGCAAGCAAUCUUUGUAUUUCCGUCUGUUGUGAGUUUAAACGUCGGAGGAUAUCACUACCACUCGACGUCUUAUACCUUGACGCAGUUCUCCGAGUCUAGGUUAGCGAAGAUGUGUAAUGGGAUUAUCCCUUUGGCGAAGGAUCCUAGAGGUAACAUCUUCAUUGAUCGAGAUGGAGCGACGUUUCGAUAUAUCUUGAGUUUCCUACGAAGCAGGAAGUUGAAGCUUCCUCUUAACUUUAAAGAAUUUGAUGAACUUGAAAGCGAAGCGGAAUACUACGAGAUCGAGCCAUUGGUGGAAGCGCUAAAGAAAGAGAAAUCAAAAUACGUGAAACAGAAUUUUAAUCUUCGUUUAAGUUGCAGUAAAGAGGGCGCGGUUCUUGCUGGCGAGGUCAAUAACCUUGUUAACAUCAUUCCUAACAUUGAAAAUCUCGGCGGAAGACUUAAUACAGGUGAAGGGUUUGAGUUCUUGACUGGGGACAAGGUAACCAAAGGUGCGCAGAUGGAGUUUCCGUUAAAAUCCUCUCAAGUUGAUGCUCUGGUCCAACAUAUAUUGAAAUGUGGUUAUGAAAUCAAAGGGACGCAUUUUGCGUUCGACGAUAGUGAGAAACAAACUUGGAUUUUUGAAAAAAAGAAUAUUUGAAGCAUUAAUGUGAAUGACUGGGCAUGGAAUGAGAUGACAGCUGAACAACGUAACGUAGAUCGAAACAUGUGGCAAGCAUAAAGCGGUUUAGUAUGAGUAGAAAACGAAACGGCUAGUCCGCAGCUGUACCGUAUUUUACCGUAACCGUAACUACGUGUUUUGAUUGGAUGAAUUACUGGAAUGUGAAGCCAAUUCAAUGUUACGGCAUGUUAUGCGUGCUGUAAUUACAUACUGGUCUUGGCAAAGACAUCGCGAUAUAGGGUGGAAUUUUUGACGAAUCCUUUCAAAAUUAACCGAACAAGUUACGAUAUGGGGCAGUCCCCAUGUAAGACAUGAUCAAAACCAGAUAAGAGGUUGCUUACUCAAUGAGGGACUUAGUUGUAAGAACUACUCAGGUUUAACUGUGUCUGAUGGGGUGGGGAAGGGCAAAGAGAGACAAAUGGAAUGGAACUCUUACAGUAUUUUCUCCUCCAGACCUAUUUAUCUUGGGUGCAACCCAUCCAAAACCAUGUGUCAUUUUCAUUUCAUUUUCAAUGUCUGUAUUUAUACUGAAUAAGUAAGUCAUUUACAGUGGCCAUCUUGAAUUAUUGAAUGUUAAGGGGCAAACGUCGAAAAUUUAUAAAGCACAGAGUGGCAGUUGCCCCCUUAGCAUCCCAUGAUGACUCAUUGUGUAGUUCCAGAAAUCAUCCAUACCCACCCCACAGAGGAAUUUGGAAUUUCCGAAGAGUAGGGGGGUCAGAGAAAGAACAAAAAUUACAGAUUUUGUAUGGAAGAAAAUUGGAAUUUCUGGGGGGGUAGGGUAGGGGGUGUCUUACAAAGAUUCCUCCGUGAGGGGGGUAUGGAUAAUUUUUGGGACUGCACAUUCAAAAAUAGAAUUCAAGAUGGCCGCCACAUUGGUAAAAAUUCAUGAUAAAAAAAGAGGAGACAUUACCAAGAAUAAAACAGAAAACGAUUCUAUAUUCAUAUAAUUACCAAAAAGUGGUUUCAAAGUAGUCGUCAUUUAUAAUAGAAAACCCUAAAACCACUCUAUUGUAAGAUACACCUAGCAUUCUCAUUCUGAAAAGGUUACAAUACUGCAUGAAAAUGAGGCUUCCAGGGCAACUUAAUAUAGAGGUUUUACAUGCUGUCACUUGAUCAAGCAAAACCUCUACCAAUUGGCCACAUUCAAUAUCUUAAAAUUCAUACUUGAUUGCGAGGCUUUAGUCGUAUGGUACUUCAUGUAUGUUACAAGCACAUGGAUCACCAAAUACAUUUAUUGGUGGGAAUAAAAUAAUGUACCAUACAUGACUUUCCUUCCCUUUCGCACUGAAUAAUAAGAAAAUUUUGGUAAUAAUUUUAGUCAGUUCACUACUCGACAAAUCUAUCUUAUGAUAAUACACUUAACAAAAUUACUCGAUUCUGAUUGCACAGAGGAGUACAAUUAAAUCCCAAAUUGUACUGACUGUAGAGUCCAAUUUAAGUUGCUCAGUUUUGUUGAGUGUAUUUUAAACAAAAAAUCGCACAAUCUUCUCAAACAAUUCAGAAUUUAUACACUCGUGAUGUUUUGAAAGGUCUCACUCUUUCAAAACAUCACUCGUACCUAUAAAUUCCAAAUUGUACUAAAGAUCGUGCGAUUUCCUUUACUAAUUGAAUCUAAAUUAUACAAUUUUAAUAUGUUGAAAGUGGUCAAUGGAAUCUCUCAUUUCUAUUCUUAAAAUUUCACAUUUUAAUAGUUUUAAAUUUUUCUCUUGAUCAAAAAUACCAAUUCUUAGCUCUGCCCUAGAAGCCUCAUUCUCAUGCAUUAUAACCAACACUUUAGAAUCUGGCCUAUAUCUAACCUCUAUUUUCUACAGUCACAGAUUUUGGACCACAAAAUACUGGUCACAAUGAUAUACAAUAUUAAUAGUUACAAGAUCUAACUAUACAUGUGGAAAAAGUGCACUAAUGACAUUACCCCCUCCCCUCCCCCCCCAAGUUUUUGUCAUUCUGUCCAAGAAUGACAUAUUAUCCUCAAUCUCUCCUCCCUUAUUACAAAAUCUUUGCUGCCCUUAAAAAUACAUUCCUAGACAACCUCUCAUUCAUGUGAAAAAAUGGCAUUUAAAAAUGGGUAGUUAUUCAUUAUAUAAAAAUACAAGCUGUUUUAUGUUCACUUUUGUUAUAAGCUUACAGUAAAUAUCUUAUGCAAUAUUUUUGUAAUCAAAUGGACUGCAUUUUAAUUGCAACUGGAAAAUGGCAUCAAUAAAGGCUUUGCACCACCACGUGAUGGCAGCCAUGACAGAAAACACAAAAUAGUCUUUUUCCCUUGGGAAACUGAAUUCUUCCUCAUGUAAAAACCAGAUUUAAUUGUUCCUGCCUCCUGUCAUGGGUGCCAUCACGAUAGAGUAAACCAUCUAUAUACAGAAUGCAGCAUCUGAAUAAUGCAGUUAUUAUGAAAGUGAAGCCUUCCUAGAGCAUAUCAGUAAAAAUUUGCUAUACCUAAGAAUGCAAGCCUGAAUUUUAUCAAGUUUAUAGCAGCUUUUACUCUUUCUAGUAUCUUAGAAAUACAAAUUUGUCCAAUGAAAAAAGCCUCUUGGGCAUCAACAGGUACUGGGUAUCACCAAGAAUUUAAAAAUUUGAUUCGAAAAGGCACCUAAAAAUUUCAAAUUCUCAUGGUUC